CAUUCCAGACUCAUGAAUAAAUGAUUUUUAAAAUUCUGCCCUGAAUAAACUGCAGCUGAUAGUAACUUUUCUUUUAUCACUUUGGUAAUAUCAGCCUCAGGGUUAAAAAAAAUGUUUAUGAGAAACAAUCUCCUAAAUCUUGUGGUGACAAAGAAGAAGGUUUUGUAUCACUGUCGCUUUCAUUUCUAGACUGUUCCUGUGAGGAUGGUCAAGACCUGGGAGCCGCUCUGCACUCACAAAUAACACUCUUUCUGCAUGGAAUAAUCAGUGCUCCCUGUAUUGGGUCAUGGAGGGCUGCAUAUGUUAUAUAUUUCUUUCUGCGAUGUCUGUGUUUCAUUUCCACCUUGCAUUAUUUAAACCUCAGUUCUCAGCUCAGAGUUAAUGGAUUCUUGAGGUGUUUGUUUCCUGUAACUCUUACGUAACCCACUUGCAGGUGUGGGAAAUCUCUUGUUCUCGGUUUGAAUCAUCACAAGUCACAGCUAAACACAUAACCCAUGGUGGAAAACAUUUACUCUGUGCAACUGAAAAUUCCAAAGUAGACCAGUGUCUGGCACCCUCACUCUCGGCGGCUCCUGGUCCAGAGGAGAACCCAGGAGGCUGUCUGCCUUCACCCGAAGAGCGAGCUUCCUGAGUCCACUGGCCUCCAGCCCCUCCCGGAGAAAGGUUUGGUGAAAGAAGCCAUCCUGCUUCACUUCCCGCGGAUCACUGGAUCAUAAUGCUUGGGCACUGCUGAUGGAAAAGAGGAACAUUUCAAAGAAAUACGAGGUACAUGGCUCUCAGGGGCUGCCUGGUCAUGGAGAAUGAUGUCCAUGGGAGAGAACCUAGCUCGUUGCCUUCAAUACUGGCACAUCUCUUUGUUGGUUUUAAAGUCACCUGCAUUAACCCAGGUCUCAUCUUGGCUCUUUCCAGACCUUGGCAGACCACUUGCUCCCCCUGGGGCUCAGCUCCGUGUCUGUAGAACAAGGAGGUGGUCGAAGGCCCCUUCCGGCUCCUGUCUUCUGUGAAACACAGCUCCCACUCUCUCAAAGCUGUUGAAAAUAAAAGCAAGGUCACCUCUGCAAAGCAAUUUAUGUUCGCAGCUCUCCGGCUUAGCAUCAGACGUGGACCAUAAAAUGGUUCUGAAGAGACGAAGAAAUUGACAAAUCCGGAUGGCCACCAUUGAUGGGAGAAUGGUCUCCAGACGCCGGGGAUCUGGCCGGGGGCGCCAGGGGAGCGAGGCCUGCCUGGGGUCCCUCGAUGACCCGCUGUGCGAGGGGACUCAGCUGGCCAUGCUGAGGAGGGCACAGGAGUUCUUUCAGACCUGUGACACCGAGGGCAAGGGCUUCAUCGCCAGGGCAGAUAUGCAGAGACUCCACAAGGAGCUGCCCCUCAGCUUGGAGGACCUGGAGGAUGUGUUUGAUGCCCUGGAUGCUGAUGGCAAUGGCUUUCUGACCCCAGAGGAGUUCACCACUGGAUUUAGUCACUUCUUCUUCAGCCAGAAUAACCCAAGUCAGGAAGAUGGAAGUGAGCAGCCAGCCCAGCUCCAGGAGGAGAAGGUGUAUCAGAGCAGAGGGGACGAGGACCUGGGUGACAUGGACGAAGAUGAAGAAGCCCAGUUCCAGACCCUCAUGGACAGACUUGGAGCCCAAAAGGUUUUGGAAGAUGAAGCUGAUGUCAAACAGCUCUGGCUGCGGCUCAAGAAGGAUGAGCCUCACUUACUGUCCAACUUCGAGGAUUUCCUGACCAGAAUCUUCUCACAGCUCCUAGAAGCCCACGAGGAGAAGAACGAGCUGGAGUGCGCCCUGAAAAAGAAAAUCGCUGCCUAUGAUGAAGAAAUCCAGCACCUCUACGAGGAGAUGGAACAGCAAAUCAAAACUGAGAAGGAGCAAUUUCUCCUAAAGGACACGGAGAGGUUCCGGGCCCGCAGUCAGGAGCUGGAGCGGAAGCUGUUCUCGAAGGAGCAGGAGCUGGAACAGCUGGUCCAGAAGCAGAAGCGGCUGGAAGGCCAGUGCGCCGCCCUGCACAACGACAAGCACGAGACCAAGGCUGAGAACACCAAGCUGAGACUCACCAACCAGGAGCUGGCACGGGAGCUGGAGCGGACGUCCCGGGAGCUCCAGGACGCCCAGCAGCAGCUGGAGAGCCUCCGGCAAGAGGCCCACAAGCUCCACCAGGAGAAGGAGAUGGAAGUGUACCGCGUCACCGAGAGUCUACAGCGGGAGAAGUCGGGGCUCCUGAAGCAGUUGGAUUUCCUGAGGGAAAGGAACAAGCAUCUCCGGGAUGAACAGGACAUACGUUUCCAGAAAGACAAAGCGGCCAGAGCAAACACAGCUGCUUCCAAGGCAAGCUGUAAGCAGCGAUCUGGCUCUGUGAUCGGCAAAUACGUGGAUGGCACAGGGAUGCUCAGAAGCCAGUCCGAGGAGGAGGAGGAUGUGUUUGGCAUCCAGAGGCGGAGAAGCUCCCUGGGCCUGAGUGGGUGCCCCAUUACAGAAGAGGAGCCGGGGCCCGGAGGACCGCUCACCCGGCGGCUCCGCAGGAUCAUCUCCAUCGAAGAGGACCCCCUGCCCCAGCUGCUGGGGGGCGGCUUUCAGCAGCCGCUGAGCAAAUGCUCAGAAGAGGAGGAGGCCUCCAGCCAGGGGUUGGAUGGACAAAGUGGACCUGCCCGACCUCUGGGACUCAUGCCCACGUCUCCCCGAGGGCAGCCUGUGGGAAAAGAAGCCCUGUCUGAGAAGGAAGGCUCCCUGUCCACCCCAGACCGGCUCUUCAAGAUCGUGUUCGUGGGCAACUCCUCCGUGGGGAAGACAUCCUUCUUGGGCCGGUUCUGCGAUGGCAGGUUCUCCCCAGGCUCGGCAGCCACUGUGGGCAUCGAUUACCGCGUGAAGACGGUGUGUGUGGACGGCUCGCGGGUGGCCGUGCAGCUGUGGGACACGGCGGGGCAGGAGAGGUAUCGCUGCAUCACCCAGCAGUUCUUCCGAAAGGCCGACGGUGUCGUGGUCAUGUACGACCUCACGGCCAGACAGUCCUUCCUGGACGUGCGGCAGUGGCUGAGCAGCGUGGAGGAAGCUGUGGGAGACCGCAUUCCUGUUCUUCUGCUGGGCAACAAAAUUGACAACGAGACAGAGCGAGAAGUGCCGCGGGGCCUGGGAGAGCAGCUGGCCAAGGAACAUAACCUGAUCUUCUAUGAAUGCAGUGCCUAUUCCGGUCACAACUCGGAAGAGUCCGUGCUCCAUCUGGCCAGGAUCCUCAAGGAGCAAGAAGACACGGUGCGGGAGGACACCAUUCAGGUUGACCGCCCUGCCAAGAAGAAAGCCUGCUGUGGCUGAUACAGGCCUCCCGCCCGGACGUGAGGCCACGGGGCCGCCCUGCCUUCUGCACACAGGCUCCUGCACGAAUGCCCCCACUAAGACCCACUGGACUUUUGUCUCCAUCGGCAAUGGUCCCCCCACCACCGUGGAAGGAAAGUGCAACCCCAAGGAGAGCUGCUCUCUGGAUGUCUCGGGGUCUUUCCCUCUCUGCUCUGUCUGGACCCAGGUGUUGCUUCCAUCCUUCUUUCUCCCUCACCUUGGUUUCCUGGGGGAAUGGACAGAUGGGCUUUUCUAGAAAAGCCACCCUGUGCCUUCUCCACCUCCCUUCUCCCCACCCUGCUCUUAGGAGCCUGGCACUGACGUUGCCAUGGCAACUGUGCAGGGCAGACUGGCAGCUUCCUGUAGGUCAAAGUCACGGGACUGGGCAAUGCUGAACGAUCGGUCUGGGCUCGGAGCCUGUUCUCUGGAUGCCAGUGGACACCCUUGGCAUGUGCUUCAUGGGCCUUGAGGUGCCUACGGGUGCUGAGUCCAUCAAACCGAGAUACCUGCUUCCUGUUGCACCGUCAUCCCCAGGGGACCUGCUCCUUCCCCAGCUUCAGGGCUUCUUUUCUCUCAGCAGCCGCCAGGCCUCGGUGUUUAUCCCCAUGGGUUCUUUGGAGCUGCACCUUACAAAAGCCACAGCCUUUCCCCCCGACCACCCACCUGCUCCCCCGACUCCACAGGGUGGACUGUGGGUGAUCAGUGUAUGCCGGGGGUCAGGGAGUGGGCUGACCAACUGCUUAACUUUGACGAGGAGAUGAGAAGAAAACCUGGGCAACAAAGCCAGCUGCUGCUAAGCAGAGCGCCCAUGUCUGAAGGUAUCAGGAAGGUACACAGAACCAUGGAAAAGCCAUUUUCUAACUGUUUCUCAAAAUAGCUCUUCAAGAAUUGUACCUGGUGAUUAUCAGGGUAGCAGGGUAGAUUGACAGGCAGGCAGGGAGGCCCAACCUCAGGUCUGUAGUUACUGACUUCAUUUUAUUUUACUUUUCUAGAAGGCUAUAUUUUUUUAAGUGUGGCUGUGAUGUUGACAUGUAGGGGGUUCUGAGCGGUGAGCAGAGGGUAGCUGCUGGCUUCGGCACCCCUGUGACAGCCCCUAAACAGGGCACUUGGAGGAAGGACACUGAUCUGGGCUGGCGUGUGGUCCAGUCCGCUGGCUUCCGAGGUCCCAGCCCUUGGCAGCGCUCCAGCGUCACUGACUAGAAUCCCGGACUGGUGAGGGCACUCUCACCCUGACUGGAAGCUUGGAGGCAAAGAUCAUGAACGCCACUGCCACUGACCCUUCUAGGGCUAGACCCCAGCCCCACAUAGGAAAGUGGGUGAGGUCCACAUGCCCUGGGGCAUGCAGGAAGAGAGGGGACAGAAAGCGUCCGCAAGCCACCAAGAAGAUGAUUCAAGAAAGCUGCACACAGCCAGCUGGGUGGGGUAGGGGGCAGUCACAGGCCAAGAGCCCCCAAGGGUGUGCCUAUGGCCUCCUGCCCAGACCGACCAGAGGGUCAGAGGCCACAGGCCGCAGACAAGCGCCAGCUUCCUUUGUUCAGGCUUUCUGUCUGUCCACUUUUGUAGGCGCCUGGGAGUCCCCGGAGGGCGGGCGACAAGAGCCAGCAGAGUGCCAGGAGGCACCCAGGAUCCUGAGCAGUCCUUCUCCCUCCUGGGCCCGAGUGGCAUCAGCAACAGAAGGGCUUUGGGGGGCUCUUCCUGCUCAGAGGGCUUGUGUUUAUCAUCUGAUGGACUCUGGCCCCCCAGCCCCGGAGUGGAGGGACUCACACGAGGUCCUUUCCCUAAGAGAGGGGACUGCUGGUGUCUCACUAGUGAGAUGGUCACCAGCAGUGUCUGUAUGUGUCUGUGUGUCUGUGUGUGUGCCUUUAUCCGCAGCCCCUCAUCCCUAGCCUGGGUUUUGAGUAGGGUGGGAUGACCCUAGGCCUGGCCUGCCAGCCCGUGGGGUGAAUCCUCACCAGUCCUCAGGGAUCCAGGCAGAGUGAGGGGCAGGAAGGUGGUCAGGCCCCUGCGGCUCCCUUCCCCCUGCCCACCUGAGAAAACAUGGUGUACGGGGACUUUGUAGAGACUCUGAGAACUUCUGUGUCCCCGGAUCUCAGCUACCCCUUUCCCCCUAUUCCUUUAAAGCAGCCCUGUUGGACACCAGCCCAGCCUGGAGCCUAGUAUAGGGUGCCAGCAAAGCCUCCCUUCUCCGACCCCUUGCUGCGGGAAUAACUCUGAGCAAGUCACUUAAGCAGGUUUCCUAUGUGUCUGUGGACAGAUUUCCACAUGGACCUCUAGGAACGCUUUGGGUACCGUGAGAGGCAGUGCAUGUGAAGUGCCUGGAACACAUAGGUGCUGACAAGUAGGGGCUAUUGUCAUUGUCAGGUCGGGUUUCUGCCCAGAACCUUUGCCUUGCUUCGGUUUCAUAGCCAACACUAAGCGUCUUCCUGUAACUGGGCGCCUCCCAGACACCACCUUGUUUUUGUUUCCGCUCGCCCGGCUCUUUGCCCGACUUCUGAGCUUGUGUCUGGUGUGACCUCCUGGCCCUGCCCAUCUUUGUCCUGUGGGCUUCCUGGUUUUCCACUCAGCCCUCAUCCUGCCACCUUCCCUCCCUGCCACGGUGUUCCCAGCGCUUACCCGGGGAUGCCCCGCGCUCCUGGCCCUUAUCCGGGGAUGCCCUGUGCUCCCGGCCCUUACCCGGGGGUGCCCUGCGCUCCCGGCACUUACCCGGGGAUGCCCCGCGCUCCUGGCCCUUACUCGGCAGUGCCCCACGCUCCCGGGCCUUACCCGGGGGUGCCCUGCGCUCCCGGCACUUAUCCAGGGAUGCCCUGUGCGUGUCACCAUCCCCGGCCCCUCGCUGGCCGCUCCCAUUCUGACUGCUGGGGCCUCUCCCAGGUCAACUGCUGCCUCUGCCCAUGAACUCCGGCAGAGUUCAUGGCUUUGCUCCUUGUCCAGCACGCACUUCCCCUUUGGGGUCUUUUCUGCUCCUCCCGGCUUUCUCCCACCUUUCCUCUGCCCUGUACUGCUCUUUCCGCAGUGUUCACGCCUCUGCCCAAUCUUGGACUCCCGUCCAGUCUCCCCUCGCCCAGGUCUACUCCAGGCCACACCUAUGUCCUCCGUCAUGGACGUCUCAACCCUUUGUUUCUGUCACUAGCAGUCCCUACUCCAAAGGAUCUUAAACCAAUUUCAGCUAAGGUGUUCAUGCCAGUGGUGUUCAGGGCCAUAUUUGUAUUUUAACAAAGAACUCUAAGAAAGGCAUACUUGAACCCAAAGGAGUAAAUCCCUAGUGGUAGACUAUUAAGCACCAUAAUGGGUUAUGGGGUCAAAUAUUUAAGACAGAGCUGCUUCUCCUAUGGGACUUCCCUGGUGGUUCAGAUGGUAAAGCGUCUGCCUACAAUGCUGGAGACCCGGGUUCAACCCCUGGGUCAGGAAGAUGUCCUGGAGAAGGAAUGGUACUCCUCCUAAAGAUCACAGUUUGCUUCAUGUACUUUUGGGCUCUAAGUUCCUAUAUGUUUAUAAUUGUUUUGUCUUCCUGACGGUUUGACCCUCUAUCAUCAUAAAAUGUGCUUCUUUGUCUUUAGUCACAAUUUUUGUCUUAGAGACUACUUUGUCUGAUGUUAGUAUGGCCACUCUGGCCCUUUUCAUUGAUACAUCUUCUGAAUGACAUAUCUUCUCUGUCCUUUUACCUUCAGCCUAUUUGUGUCCUUGAAUCUAAAGCGGGUCUCUUGUAGACAGCGUGUAGAUGGAUUCAUGUUUUCUUUUCUUCCAAUCUCUGCCUUUUAAUUGGAAUGUUUAAUCUGUUUAUAUUUAAUGUGAUGGGUAAAGUAUGAUUUAUGUCAGCCAUUUUGCUAUUUCUGUAUUUCAUAUGUCUUUUUUGUUCCUAUAUUCCUCCACUACUGCCUUCUUUUGUGUUAGUUAUUUUCUAGUGUACAACUGUAAUUCUCUUGUAAUUUUAUUUGCAAUGUGUAAUUUAUUUGUUUUCUUGGUGGUUGCCCCGAGGGUCACCAUUAAUAUCUCAAUUUAUUACAGUUUGGAUUAAUAAUGACUUAAUUCCAAUAAUAUAAAAAAUUUAUUCCUAUAUAAUUUCAUUCCACCCUCCUUUAUGUUGUUAUUAUUAUAAAUUACAUCUUUAUACAUGUUAUGCCCAUCAACAGAGAUUUUUAUUUAUUGUUUUAUGCAAUUGUCUUUUAAGUCAGAAAAAGGGAGUUACAAAUGAAAAAUAUGUUUAUAUCAUCUUUAUUUAUGUAAUUACUUUUACCAGUGCUCAUUAUUUUUUCAUGUUGAUUGAAGUAUUUAGUAUCCUUUUAGUAUCUUUUUAGUAUCCUAUUUAGUAUCCUUUAUUUCUGUAGUAGUUCUUGUAGGGCAAGUCUGCUAGAGACACACUCUCAGUUUUGUUUAUCCAGAAAUGUUUAAUUUCUCCUUCACUUUUAAAAGAUAGUUUGACCAGAUAUAGAACAUUUGAUUGACUGACAGGGUUUCUUCCCCAUCAGUACUUUAACUUUACCAUCCCGCUGUUUCUGGCCACCAAGGUUUCUGAUGAGAAGCCAGCUAUUCAUCUUAUUAAGGAUCAUUUGUAUGUGAUGAAUUGCUUCUUUCUUGCUGCUUUCAAAGUUCUUUGUCUUUCUAUAGUUUGAUUCUUAUGGGUCUAGCAACAGACCCCUUUGAAUUCAUCCUACUUGCAGUUGGGCUGACUUUCUUGAAUGUAUAAAUUAGUGGCUUUCAACAAAUUUGUGGAGUUUUUGGUUAUUAUUUCUUUAAAUAGUCUUUCUGCCACUCUAUCCCUCUCCCUUCCUUCUAGGACCCUAUUAUACAUAUAUCGGCAUGCUUUAUGGUAUUCCACAGGUUUCCGAGGCUCUGUUCAUUUUUCUUUAUUUUUUUAAAGUUGUGUUGCUAGGACUGGAUCAUCUCAAUUGCCUUAUCUUCAAGCCCACUAAUUCUUUCUUCUGCCUGCUCAGAUGUGCUAUUAGGACCCUCUAGUGAAUUUUUCAUUGUACUUUUAGUGAAUUUUAUUACUGUCCUCAUCAACUCCACAAUUUAUCUUUGGUUCUUUUUUUUAUAAUUUAUGUCUUUUUAUUGAUACUCUCUAUUGGUAAGAUAUUAUUCUCAUGCUUCCCUUUAGUUAUGUAGACAUGGUUUCCUUUAGGUCUUUGAACAUAUUUUAGAUAGCUGAUUUACAGUUUCAAAGACUUCACAGUGGUAGCCAUCUGCCCUGUGCAGAGAGCGAGGUCUGCUUGCCAUCUCCUGCUAUCUUCCUUCCACUUCACCCAAUAUAAGCAGGACUCUGGUCUCAUUCCUUAGCCCCACCCUCAACUCCUGCACAGAGUCUCUCUUCUCUUCUGGAUUGGAGGAGGACCUUAACAUCAGAAGAUAUGUGGAUCUGAGAAACCCUCCCCUCCACCUUGAGCUUCUGGCCACCCUGCUGGAGAUGAGCUUCUCAAGGACAUGUCCAGUUCCUUGGGGAAGUGAAGAGAGACCAGGGAUCCUCAGAUAGCUGUCCCCUUCCUGCUAGAAGUCCAGACAUUCCACAGAGCUUCACUCACAAGGGACAGGUGUGGGAAGAUUGCAAAUCAGAAGCUUAUUUAAAAAGUAGCUUAAUUACUUCAAAAUCAUGAAAUCAUAGUACAUAAGCAUACAAAACCCAAGACAUAAGUGGCCUGUUGCUGACAGGCCCUAGUUGUCCUGCCGUCUUGCCUUCCCAUAGUCUGGGGAACAGAAAGUGGCUCUUCAAAUUCCAACCAACUCAGCCAAAAUUCGUAGUUAUGAGCUAUUGCCUCCCUCCUCAUCCUGGGGUGUAUGUCGGUGGGGAGGAAAUGGAGAUGUUGGCAGGAUAUGGGAGCUUUCUAAACCUCCCCACUUCCUAUUAAUGUUUCUAUUAAUAGACAUGCUGAUUCUCAGCUGUGGCAAUAACAAAGAACAUCAUAACUCCACCCUUCACACAAUGCAGUGCAGCCACUUAAUCUAAGUGCCCUACAUAGGAAGAACCUCUUGGAAGGGAUGGGCUUUGGGAAGCCAUAUGGUGCUCGGCAGAGGACCUAAAGUCAAUGUGGAAACUGAGCAGCAUUGGAAUAGGCUGGGCUACUUAUCAUCCAUGGGCAGGACUGCGUCGGGUUCAAGGACUGACCCCCUCAGGGGGCUGGACUUCAUCAGGGCUUUGGCUGUGGUUCAGAAGUGGGCCUUGCAGGUUCUCGGCACAGCACCAGGAAAGUCCACUGCCCAAGGUACGAGGGCUCCUAGGACCAGUGAGGCCUGUGCUGUUAUAAUGGAUUAUGACUGGAUCCAUCUGACCCAUAACAAUAAAUAAUACACAUAAAAACACUGCACUGCUAAUCAAAAAUGCCCAAAGAACAUGGACAGAGAGAAUGGAAUCUUUUUUGACUCGAAAAGAAUUAAAAUGCGGAACUCAAGGGGACUCAUAAUGAGUUUGGAUCAUGUGACCACGGGACUUGGGUUCGAUGCAUACAUGUAGCGUAAUGUCAAGGGCAGAAGAUGGGGGUGCUGGUGUGACAUUUGGUCCAAGGGUUGCCAGGCUGCUCUGUAAAAUUACUGUGCAGUGUUUAUUUAUACAGAGUGAGGUCAUAAACAUCCAUCUCUGUCGCCUCACGUUGGGCACACUGUCUGGCCAGCAGCAUCUGUCUCAGGAUCCAGUUGAGGGCAGAGCAUCGCGAGCACUGGGUGGGUCACUCGGCUGGUCACCUGGACCCCUGUGGCCUGGUAGACCCGUGCAGUUUGCCCGCUGGUUCCAAUGAGGAGCUGCUUCCAACUUUAAAACAAAGUGUCCAGGAGCGUUCCAGCUGCCGAGGUCUGAUUGCCUUUCAGACUCUGUGCAGCCCAUCAAAGCAUCCAUCUCAUUGCCCUGAGCUGCCCCGGCUCCCGCUGGCAGCCAUCCAUGACCCACAGGCAGCUCGACAGCUCAAUUUGACUUGGGCUUCAUGCCUCUGAGCAUUAAAAGAUGCUUCCCUGCUGGCGCUCUUCUUUCCUGGUGUGGAACCAGCCACCUUCACCCAGGCGGUCCCCUCCCGAAUGCUUUCUCUAAAGACCUGUGCAGAGUGAGGACCUGCAGGCGUGUGUGUGGCCGUGGGCAGAAUCUGGACCCACCUGCUGCUCUGAGCCCCAGCUUCCCAGGCUGUAAAAGAGUUCUCUCUGCCCAGCUGCGCUCACCGGGCAUGGACAGAUCCAAAGAGAACUCUUGGGGACAGUGCUUAGUCAACAGACAAAUGUUAGUUAUUACCUCUGUCCCUCGUGAAGAGAUCAGAACAAAAGACAAUAGGAAAGAGAGAAAUCCCACAUGCCUGGGUAACUGGGAGAAGCUGGGGUCUCGGGUAAGAGCAUUUCCUAUGUCUCUGGGCAAAUAGGACAAGGAAAACCUACAUUUCACCAAGCAGGAGAUUCCGUCUAAGAACAGAAUGCUCUAACUUACCGCCCUCCGUGGAAGGUGGACUGGGGGCCUGAAUCCAGGCUCCAGGCUCCCCCACCAUACUGCCUGCAGGGGUCAGGUUUCAGUCCCUUUCGUAUUUACUAGACGCUGGCACGUAACGGACACUGGUUGGAUGGAUGGGUGGAUUUAAGAUUUUAGAUGUUAAUACCACACUCCAGAUAGAGCCAUCUUCACCAGCAUGGUUUGUAAAACACGUGCACUCUGCGAUGAGGCCCAAGUUCUGGCCUUGGAGGGUAGAGAAAGGUGGUUGCAUGUACUGCUGUGGGUGUGCUAAUCAUUGCUUCAGGACUGUACACUUGCAGAUGGUUAAAACUGUAAAUAUACA